AUGGAGUUCAGAAUCGUUUCCAGGGAGCUAGUGAAACCAUCUUCCCCUGAAAUCAUACAGACGAAGCCUCCGCACAGACUCUGCCUCUUCGACCAGCUCACUCCCCUGACCUUCGUUCCCGUCAUUCUCUUCUACGCUAAUCCCGACCACAAAAACUCUGUUCUCGCCGCCUCCACCGAUCCCUUCAUCCGCCGCCUGAAGCGCUCCCUGGCGGAGACUCUCGACAUCUACUACCCUUUCUCCGGCCGGACAAAUCCAGGCAGCUUGUUCGUCGACAGCUUCAACGCCGGCCUCCCUUUCACUCUAGCCCAAGCGGUGGAUUGCCGCCUCUCCCAGUUCUUGAAACGCAGGGAAACAGAGCACCUGAACCUUCUCCUCUCCCGACAGCCAUUCCAGAAGGAACCUUCCGACGUGGACGCCCCUGUUUUGGAGCUUCAGGUCUCUGUUUUCCCCUGCGGCGGAAUCGUCUUAACCUGGGCUUGUUCUCACAAGCUGAUCGACGCGUCCUCCAUUACAUCCUUCCUCGCUACAUUCUGUGCCCUGUUCCGCGGCCAACGGAACGGCGUCGUUCCCCCUGAUUUCGCGCAGGCGUCGCAGCUCCUCCCGCCGAGGGACCCUUCCCCUGAAAAUUACAUCAAUCUGAUGGAAACAAUCUGGUUCACCGAAGAAAAUUACAUGACCAGGCGAUUCGUGUUCGAUUCCAAUUCAAUCGGUCAGCUGCGAGCCAUGGCGGCGGGAGGAGGGGAAUCGAUUAAGAAGCUGUCCAGAGUGGAGGCACUGUCCUGUUUCAUCUGGAAAUGCAGCAUGGCGGCGUCCAAGGCGGUUUCUUCCGCAUCCAAGACCUCGAUUCUGGUGGAGGCGGUGAAUCUCCGGAGGUUUAUCAACCCGCCGCUGCCGGACGCGGCGAUUGGGAACUUGUUCUGGUGGGCGACGGCUGCGGCGGACCCGUACGACGAGUCUAACACGGAGAUGUCGGAGCUGGGGAAUCUGGUGAGCGAAGGGAUCGGGCUGUACAGGACCGAUUACGUGGAGUCGCUCCAAGGGGAAGAUGGGUUCGAGGCGAUGUCCGGUUACUUCGAGCAGCUGGAAGCGAUGUUCGAGGCGGAGAAGCCGGAUAUAUUCGGGUUUACGAGCUGGUGCGGGUUUGGUUUCACGGGUCAGGAUUUCGGGUGGGGGAAACCGGUUUGGGUGACACCGGCGGGGAAAGUGGGCCGGGCUUUUCGAAACAUGACUGUGCUUGUGGACUCGACGGACGGGAGAGGGAGCAUUGAAGCCUGGGUCACUUUAGACGAGAAGCGAAUGGCUGUUCUUGAGCGCGAUCCGAACUUUCUUGCGUUUGUUUGUCCUAACCCUGGGAUUUCUAAUAUGUGA